CAACCGCCAUUAACACCAGAAGAAGAAGAAGAAAACGAAAGUAAAGUCACAACACUGUGAACAACAUCAACAGAGAUACCAAAUAAACAUGUUGCUUUCUGGAUUUGAUCCAUGCGAUGUUCCAGAAAACAUUCACAAUGAUAACCAAAUCUAACACUCGCGAUCAUUUAUGAAUAUUUAAUCCACAAUUCAUCGAUCAGCAAGAGAUUUUGAGAACGACGCGCGCUGACAGACAACAAGAGUAGGAGGAAAAAGAGGACGUUUAUAUAAAAUACUUAUAAAUUCUCUUCGUAGUGGACAAGACUUCAAGAAAGUCCUGCUGAACGAUUGAUUGUUUUCUCAAACCAGUGCUGAUCAGAGGAGCGAGGAAAGGACUCUCUCUCUAAGAUGAGUCUCUCAGAGAAACACAGUGUAAGAUCAGGAUCACAUGUGUCCAGCUCUGUGUCUCUGAAGAGUGACCGGUCAAAAGGUAUAGGACAAGACUUCAGUGGGGAAAAACCAUCAUCUAAUAAAAGUGUAAGACCAGGCUCAUAUGUGUCCAGCUCUGUGUCUCUGAAGAGUGAUCAGUCAAAAGAAGGUAUAGAACCAAACUUCAGUGAGAAAACACCAUCAUCUAAUAAAAGGCUUCAAUAUGAGACAUUAGACUCAGACGUUCAGACUCACAGGAACCACAAGAAUUUCAAAGACAAUCUCCUGUGGAUCUUCCAGGAUCUUGAGAGCACAAUAAUCACAUUUCUGAAGAAAGAGCUGGAAAAGUUUAAGAAAAUAUUACAACAUGAGAACAGAGAAAACUUUGUGAAGGACUUUAAUGAGAAUAGAUGCAGUAUCAAAGCAGCAGCUCUUGAUCUCACACUACAUUACCUGAGAGAGAUGAAGCAAGAUGAAGCUGCUGAUGAUCUAGAAGAUGAGCUGAUCUUCAUUCAUCAGCUAAAAUGUGGCCUAAAGAAGAAGUAUCAAUGUGUGUUUGAAGGAAUUGCGAAGCAUGGUGACUCCACACUUCUGAAUAACAUCUACACAGAUCUCUAUAUCACUCAGGGUGGCAGUGAACAGGUCAAUACUGAACAUGAGGUCAGACAGAUUGAAGUUGCUUCCAGGCGUCAUGAAUCUCAAGAGAUUGAGGUUAAAUGCACAAAUUUGUUUGAAGCUCCUGAACAAGACGAGGAGAUCCGAACUGUACUGACAAAAGGAGUCGCUGGCAUCGGAAAAUCAGUCUCUGUGCAAAAGUUUGUUCUGGACUGGGCUGAAGGAAAAGAAAAUCAAGAUAUCAGUUUCAUAUUUCCUCUUCCAUUCAGAGAGAUGAACUUAAAGGAGAAAGAAAAACUAAGUUUGAUGGACCUUAUAACUCAUUUUUUCCCAGAGACAAAAGGACUGAACCUUACAAGAAGGAAUCAAUUCAAAGUCCUGUUCAUCCUUGAUGGAUUGGACGAAUGUCGCCUUCCUCUGAAGUUUGAUUGUAAUGAGACGUGGUGUGAUGUAUCGUCACCAGCCUCUCUGGAUGUUCUCCUAACGAACCUCCUGAAGGGAAAUCUGCUUCCUUCUGCUCUCAUCUGGAUCACCACCAGACCAGCAGCUGCCAGUAAGAUUCCUCCUGACUGUAUCGACCGGCUGACAGAGAUACGAGGAUUCAGUGACGCUCAAAAGGAAGAGUACUUCAGAAAAAGAUUCGCGGAUCAGAAUCAGGCCAUCACAAUCAUUGAUCAUGUUAAAAAAUCAAAGAGUCUCUUUAUCAUGUGCCACAUCCCAAUCUUCUGCUGGAUUUCAGUCACUGUUCUCCAGAACAUUCUGGAGGAGAAAAGAAAUAAUGAUGUGAAAAACAAUCAGGCUGAUGAGAUCUCUAAAACACUACAGGAAUCAAAUACUGAAGACACUCCCAAGACUCUGACACAAAUGUACACACACUUUCUCCGCUUUCAGAUCCAGCAGAGCCGCCGAAAGUAUGAUGGAGAAUACGCAGCAGAUGUUUCCUGGGAUAAAGAUGCCAUCCUUUCACUGGGGAAACUGGCAUUUCAUCAACUGGAAAGAAACAACGUGAUCUUCUAUGACACAGACCUGGAAGCCUGUGGUAUUGACGUCUAUAAGGCAUCAGUGUACUCAGGCAUGUGUACCCAGAUCUUUAAGGAGGAAACGGGGAUCAUUCUUGGUACCAUGUACUGCUUUGUUCACUUAAGCAUUCAAGAGUUUUUUGCAGCCCUUUAUGCACAUCUGUUUCUAGACAUCAACAAGAAAAGUGUGUUUGUUCAUGAGUCUACAGAACAGGAAAACAAAAAUGAAACCAUGAUUGAUUUUCUGAAGACUGCAGUGGACGAGGCGCUCAAGAGUGACAAUGGACACCUGGACCUUUUCCUUCGCUUCCUCCUCGGUCUGUCACUCCAGUCCAAUCGACGACUCUUACAGGGUCUGUUGACACAGCGAGACGGCAAUGACCAGAGCAACAAGGAAAUAGUUCAGUACAUCAAGCAGAAAUUAGAAGGUAAUCUGUCUGCAGAGAGAUCCAUCAAUCUGUUCUACUGUCUGAAUGAACUGAACGACCAAACUCUGGUGAAGGAGAUUCAGACCCACCUUAGCAAAGGAAGUCUCUCAUCUGGUGACCUUUCACCUGCCCAGUGGUCUGCUUUGGUCUUUGUGUUGAUGACAUCAGAGGAAGAGCUAGAGGAGUUUGAGCUUCAGAAAUUCAAGAAAUCAGACGAGUGUCUCAUUAGAUUAUCGGCAGUCAUCAAAACCUCCAGAAGAGCUCUGUAA